GAGGGUCCUCCUCUGCGAUGGGCCCUCUGCCCACCGGCGCGCACAGAGCCUCCUUUCUCUCAGACGGAGGCGCAGGGGAGUUCCUCCUGUUGGCCGCUGCAGCGAUGAGAAGCCUUUUCAUCCGGCUGUUUUUCACUCUCCACUUGCUGCUGCUGCGUUAAUUACAGGGCCCGGGGCUGCACUUUGAGCUCGCUGCGCUCAUGCGGGCUCUUGAGAAGAAGCCGCGCGUCCGAUUCUCACGACACAGAUAAAAAAAAAAUAACACACACAGGCUGGCAUGCAUGCACUCAGACGCGCGCCCGCUUGAGCUCGUGGAACCAGUCCGUCAGCUGCUCGGGGGCGCGCGCCUGUAUGUCUCCCAACUACUUCACACUCCUCCAGCGGCGGAGAGGACACCGUGCGCGGCCGGAUUUUAAGCUUUUUGAGGCUUUUCCCCGGGAGGAUGAGGAGCGUCGGUCCUUCAUCCACACCUCACUCAAAGUUUUAAACACCACAGAGGAAGAGGAGGAGGAAGAGGGCGCAGGACCCGCAGCAGCAGCUCCGGAGGCGAUGGGAGACUUGGAGUAGAUUCACCCCGCCACUGAAACACCAUGGCUGUGGACGCGGCAUCCAGUUUCAGUUUCUGCAGGCCAGCUGUGGAGUACAGGGCUCUGUCCGAGGACUUCAAGCACCAGCUGAGUCGGCGGACAGGUGGGAACCUCACCUGGCAUGAAGGACGUGGACAGAAAACAGCAGGGGGCAGGACGGUGAAGCUGCUGCAGCAGCCGGGCACUGAGGCCCUGCAGUACCGUUCCAGUGACAAUUAUGGGAUUUAUCACACGAGCCCAACACAGCCGAGCCUGAUCCGCCCCGUCGUGCUCUGGUCACAGCAAGACGUUUGCAAAUGGCUGAAGAAGCACUGUCCUCACAACUACCUGACCUACGUGGAGGCCUUCUCCCACCACGCCAUCACAGGCCGCGCGUUGUUGCGUCUGAACGGGGAGAAGCUGGAGAGGAUGGGUUUAGUUCAGGAGACGCUUCGACAGGAGCUGCUGCAACAGGUGCUGCAGCUUCAGGUGCAGGAGGAGGGACGCAACCUGCAGCUGCUCAGCAGGGGUUCCUUUGGAAAGAUAUCAUAGUCUGACGGCUGGACAGAGUGGACGCUGUGGAUUUACUGGAUAUAUGGAAACAAAAAAACUCAACUGUGAAUCACACUCGUGGAAUCAACUCGAGUGACAUCCUGACUUUUAUAUGAAACGGAAGUCGGAGGCUUUUCAUUCACCGUGUGCACGACGAGCAGACGUCAUCCUCAUGGACGGACUGGGAGCUGUGGAGGAAAAAAAGCACCAUGACAAUCUGUUUCGUCAAUUUAUCUCUCUUCUCUGUGGUUGAAUACAGUGACUAAUCCUCUCUCUCUCUCUCUCUCUCUCUCUCUCUCUCUCUCUCUCUCUCUCUCUCUCUCUCUCUCUCGCUCUCUCU